GGUAACGCACACUUGCGCUGCAACCUUCGGCCAGUAAACACGGCACACACGAACGAGAAGCGAUAUACCUUUGACACUAUCGCGAAGAAAGUCGCUCAAUUAUUUUGAUCAUUACCAUUCAAAUUGCUCUUCAAAGGAAAUUUACAUUGUUGGUGCACUACGAAGUACUCGGUCGACAGAAUAUGCCUUCGAACGAGAAUGAAACCUUUAUCAUCUACGGUGGGCCAGAUCCAACGGAUUUACUUAAGGACGGGUCUCUCGGUGAAAUGAUGAUCAAAGAUUUGAAGCUCAGACCAGCAAACAUUGGAUUGAUUGAUCCCGUUUCAGGAACACAGCUCAGUUAUCAGCAGAUUUUGGAUCAGUCCAUACUGGUGGCUACGGGGUUGUUGAGGAUCGGUAUAACAGAACAUGAUACUGUUGCAAUCGUCAGCCAUAACUGUUUGGAGUAUUGUUUUGCGAUGUUCGGGACGAUAUUCACAGGAGCCACCUUAGCACAAUUCAACCCCACUUAUUUAGAAGGUGAACUUGAACAUGCUAUGAGAAUGACCAGACCGAAAAUAAUGCUCGUCUCUCGCGCCGUUGCCGAUAGAGUUGUUACUGUCAGUCGAAAGCUAAAGUUCGUAAGCAAAAUUUUUGUGUUCGAUUCUCGCGUGAAAUCAUUCGAACAGCCCCUUUUGGUUCCAUUCGAUAACCUGCUAAAUCAACAAGCUGCUUCAGAAAAUUUUUAUCCGGCGGCCGUUGAUAAACAAAAUCAUGUAGCACUAAUUUUACUUUCGUCAGGAACAACGGGACUACCGAAAGGGGUGCAACUGACGCAUGCCAACAUUAUGACUACGAUCGCACAUUCCAAAGAAGCAGCAAAACUGUUGGAGCUACCGGACCAGUUGGUUGCGCUAGCUGUUACUCCACUGUUUCAUGUACUAACCAGCGUAGGUCUAAUUAACAUGGUCACCAACAACUGCCGCUGUGUGCUAAUGCCCAAGUUCGAUGCUGUGCUUUUUCUGCAGAGUAUUGAAAAGUACAAAGUUAACCUGAUGUCGGUAGUGCCACCGUUGAUGGUAUUUCUCGCGAAGCACCCCAUGGUUGACAAUUACGAUCUAUCCUCGCUGAUGACACUGUUCUGUGGUGCCGCUCCGUUGAGUAAAGAAAUUGAGGAUCAAGUUCGUGAAAGACUGGGGAUUGCAUUCGUUAGACAGGGAUAUGGAAUGACCGAAACCACCUACGUUAUGUUGAUGCAAACUGGGUUUGAAAAUAAGGCUGGAUGCGUAGGACAAGUCCGCAUGGGACAGUGGGUUAAGGUCAUCGAUCCUGACAGCGGAAAAAUCCUGGGACCGAACCAACCAGGAGAAUUGUGCUUCAAAGGAUCACUGAUCAUGAAGGGUUAUGCCGGAAAAGAAUCUGCAAUCGACGCCGACGGUUGGCUGCAUACGGGUGACGUUGGAUAUUACGAUGAGGAUAAGGACUUUUUCAUAGUCGAUAGAAUCAAGGAAUUAAUCAAGUACAAGGGAUUCCAAGUUGCCCCCGCUGAACUGGAAGCAGUUUUGCUGAAGCACCCGAAAGUAGAAGACGCUGCCGUCAUAGGGGUUCCGAAUGAAAGAGUAGGAGAGCUAGCGACGGCUUUCGUGGUGAAAAAAUCUGAAGUAAAUGUGACCGAAGGUGAAAUCGAACAAUUUGUAGCUAAACAUGUUUCGCUUCACAAGCAACUGCACGGAGGUGUGAAGUUCGUUUCCGAAAUACCAAAAACUGCUACCGGUAAAAUUCUGCGAAGAACACUGAGGGACGCUGUCAGGCCAACACUAUCCAAACUGUGAAGACUAGUGUGUGUUUUGAAAAAGUCAUGCUUCCUUAUUUGGUCUUUAUGGGUUGAUAGGGUUGAUUGAAAAUCGUAAGUAAGUGUGAAGGUUGUAUGUCUAUUGAUGUUUGGUGCACUGACAGAAACAAGGAAAAUCUUUAUUUAUCAUACAUCGUAUGUGAAACCAAACAUAGCAAUAAAGGUACAAUUACUAAUUCAAAA